AUGGCUUACGAGAUGCCACCGGCGUUGGCCCCGCGGCUGGCCCCGAGGCCCGAGGCGGCAGCGCUCUGCCGCCUGGGCUACGCAGCCCGGCGCAGAAGGCCGAUCCUGGGCGCCGAUGUCGCCACCCUGGCGCUGCGCCUUCGCGCCGCCCUUCGGCCUGCCGCUGGUGCUGCUCCUCAGCGACCCGUCAACGACCAGUUCAUGCAGAUCCUCUACCUGACGUUGUUCUCCGGACGGCCGGGCAGCCACGUGAUGGCGAUGCUCUUCGGCCAGGACAAGCCGACCAUGGAGAUGCAGUUGCAGCCACUGCUUGCCGCUGCCAUUCGUGUUCCAAGACCGCUCACACUGCACGUCCCCGCGCACACGCCGGACGAGCAGGACGCCGCUGGCCGGUGCCAGGAGGAGCCGCCGCAAGUGCUGCCGCGCAGCAGCUGGGCGCAGGGCACGCUGCCCGCGCGCCGGCCACAGCGACGGUGCAGCACGGCUCCCACCAGGCACCUGGCGCGCCGCGCGAGGGGAGGAUGGCAGGUCGCGUCCUACUCCCAGCCGCGGCAGCGAUCGGUGAGACGCUGGGCUGGGCGCAGGGCACUGACGCCCCGCCGCCGCAGCCCCAGCAACGGCUUGAACGACGACGGCAGCGCCGGAGCAGGCGCGACAGACGACUCCAGCGAGAUCGGCGAGAGCGAGCUGCAGGAGCAGGCCAAGGUCCCGGACGACCUCGACGAGGACGGCGUGGACGCGGCUAGCCUGCUGCAGCCUGACCAGGAGCAGGCGCCGUGCUCCAGCCCCCGCGCGGCGGGCGGCGAGGGCCCCGGCCUCCUGCAGCCCGUGGGAGCUCAGGUCCACUUGACUGGGCUCAGAGAGGCCACUGCCUUCAACGGAAUGUCGGCCGUGAUCCUGACCGUGGUCCCCGCCAAGGCGAUGUACCAGGUGCGUAUGGAUGACGGCUCGAUCCGGACAGUCAGGGCCGUGAACGUCCGCUCGGGACCAGGAUCUGCACAGGGUGGCGAUGAAGCCGCAGACGUGUGCCACACCAUCGACGAGGUGGACAUCAGCUCUGGCGCCCGAGGCGGCGAGGCCAAGGAUGGUCUACUGCCCUCCGAGCCCGCGGCGAGCUCCACCACCGUCUCGCAGGCGGUCUGCGGCGCCCUCGACGACGAGGCCAUGAGCAGCCCGGCCUCCGCCCCGGCCCACGUCGUUCAAGGGCGGGUGAGCAUGUGCAUUGCAGAGGCUGACUUGCUCGACGCCGCCGUUCCUCCCGUCCGCUGUGCCGACUCGGUGAUUGAGGCGAGGCUCGCCCAUCGCCCGCCACCGUGCUCUGGGAUUUCCCACGAUUUUCUUAUGUGCCGCAUCUACAGCAGAUCGGCGCACGGUCGCUCCGGAUGGCGCUGA